ACUCCUUUUUAUGCAGACUCACUAGUAGGAACAUACAGUAAAAUUAUGGACCAUAAGAACUCAUUACAUUUCCCAGAUGAUGUGGAAAUCUCUAAGCAUGCAAAGAACCUUAUCUGUGCCUUUUUAACUGAUAGGGAUGUGCGACUUGGGAGAAAUGGGGUAGAAGAAAUAAAGCAUCAUCCUUUCUUCAAGAGUGAUCAGUGGAACUGGGACAACAUUCGAGAGACUGCUGCUCCUGUUGUUCCUGAGCUUAGCAGUGAUAUAGAUAGCAGUAAUUUUGAUGACAUUGAGGACGACAAGGGAGACGUGGAAACCUUUCCAAUCCCCAAAGCCUUCGUGGGAAACCAGCUGCCUUUUAUAGGAUUUACCUACUAUAGAGACAAUUUGUUGCUAAGUGACUCCUCUCAGUCUUGCAGAGAAAAUGAAUCCAUGCAAUCUAGUAAAAAUGAGGACAGCAAGGAGUUUCAGAAAAAACUAGGCAAGCUAGAAGAACAGCUCAGUAACGAAUUACAAGCCAAAGAUGAACUAGAACAGAAGUACAGGUCUACUAAUACUCGUUUAGAGAAGAUAGUGAAAGAGCUAGAUGAAGAGAUAACUUCAAGAAAGAAUGUAGAGUCUGCAGUCAGACAGUUAGAAAGAGAGAAGGCUCUUCUUCAGCAUAAGAAUACAGAAUACCAGAGAAAAGCAGAACAUGAAGCAGAUAAGAAACGCAAUUUGGAAAAUGAGGUUAACAGUUUGAAAGACCAGCUUGAAGAUUUAAAAAAGAGGAAUCAGAACUCUCAAAUAUCCAAUGAGAAAAUCAAUCAACUACAAAGACAGUUGGAUGAAGCCAAUUCUUUGCUGCGAUCGGAGUCUGAUACCGCAGCCAGGUUAAGGAAGAACCAGACAGAAAGCACAAAGCAAAUCCAGCAGCUGGAAGCUAAUAAUCGAGAACUACAAGAUAAGAACUGCCUGCUAGAGAAUGCUAAACUCAAACUGGAGAAGGACUUUCUCAAUCUUCAGUCAGCUCUAGAAUCAGAAAGGAGAGAUCGAAGUCAUGGAUCAGAGAUUAUCAGUGAUUUACAAGGUCGAAUAUCUAGCCUGGAAGAAGAAGUAAAAAAUGGAAAGAGUAAAUUAGCCAAACUGGAAAUGGAGAAGAGACAAUUGCAGGAAAAACUUACAGAUUUAGAAAAGGAAAAGAGCAACAUGGAAAUAGAUAUGACAUAUAAAUUCAAAGUUAUGCAGCAGAACCUUGAACAAGAAGAAGCUGAACAUAAAGCCACAAAAGCACGAUUAGCAGACAAAAAUAAGAUCUAUGAGUCUAUAGAGGAAGCAAAAUCUGAAGCCAUGAAAGAAAUGGAGAAGAAGCUUUUGGAAGAGAGAGCUUUAAAGCAAAAAGUAGAAAAUCGGUUGUUAGAAGCUGAAAAGCAGCGCUCCAUGUUGGACUGUGAUCUCAAACAAUCACAACAGAAAAUCAAUGAGCUCCUUAGGCAAAAGGAUAUACUAAAUGAAGAUGUAAAAAACCUGACAUUAAAAAUAGAGCAAGAAACACAAAAGCGCUGUCUCACUCAGAAUGACCUCAAGAUGCAAACGCAACAGGUCAACACCUUGAAAAUGUCAGAGAAGCAGUUAAAACAGGAGAAUAACCAUCUUCAGGAGAUCAAAUUAAGUCUGGAAAAACAAAAUAACGAACUCCGCAAGGAACGUCAAGAUGCAGAUGGACAAAUGAAAGAGCUUCAAGACCAACUUGAAGCUGAACAGUAUUUCUCAACUCUGUACAAGACGCAAGUUCGAGAACUUAAAGAAGAAUGUGAGGAAAAGACCAAACUUUGUAAAGAAAUGCAGCAAAAGAUACAAGAGUUACAGGAUGAGAGAGAUUCCUUGGCUGCUCAACUAGAGAUUACUUUGACAAAAGCAGAUUCGGAACAACUUGCACGUUCCAUUGCUGAAGAACAGUACUCUGAUUUGGAAAAAGAGAAGAUUAUGAAAGAGCUGGAGAUUAAAGAGAUGAUGGCUAGGCAUAAACAGGAACUUACUGAGAAAGAUGCCACCAUAGCCUCUUUGGAGGAAGCAAAUAGGACACUAACAAGUGAUGUGGCUAAUCUUGCUAAUGAGAAAGAAGAACUAAACAAUAAACUGAAGGAAGUACAAGAACAAAUUACAAAGCUAAAAGAAGAAGAAGCAAAUGUAGGAAAUAUUAAAGCACAAUUUGAGAAACAGUUGUUGAAUGAAAGAACAUUGAAAACCCAGGCUGUGAAUAAAUUGGCUGAGAUCAUGAAUCGGAAGGGUCCAGUCAAACGUGGAGCUGACACUGAUGUACGGCGGAAGGAAAAGGAAAAUAGGAAACUGCAUAUGGAACUGAAGUCUGAACGAGAAAAGUUAACCCAAAUGAUGAUCAAAUAUCAGAAGGAAAUCAAUGAAAUGCAGGCGCAAAUAGCAGAAGAGAGUCAGAUACGGAUUGAACUCCAGAUGACUCUGGACAGCAAAGACAGUGACAUUGAACAGCUUCGUUCACAGCUACAGUCAUUACACAUUGGUCUAGACAACAGUAGCAUAGGCAGUGGACCUGGAGAUGCUGAGGCAGAUGAUGGAUUCCCUGAAUCAAGAUUGGAAGGGUGGCUAUCACUGCCUGUUAGAAACAACACUAAAAAAUUUGGAUGGGUUAAAAAGUAUGUAAUUGUAAGCAGUAAGAAGAUCCUGUUCUAUGACAGCGAACAAGAUAAAGAACAAUCUAAUCCCUAUAUGGUAUUAGAUAUAGACAAACUCUUCCAUGUGCGACCAGUCACUCAGACUGAUGUGUACAGAGCAGACUCCAAGGAAAUUCCUAGGAUAUUCCAGAUUCUAUAUGCUAAUGAAGGAGAGAGCAAAAAGGAACAGGAAUUUCCCGUGGAGCCCAUGGGAGAGAAGUCAAAUUACAUUUGUCACAAAGGACAUGAGUUUAUACCUACUCUUUAUCACUUUCCAACCAAUUGUGAAGCUUGUAUGAAGCCACUGUGGCAUAUGUUUAAACCUCCUCCUGCUCUAGAAUGUCGCCGUUGCCAUAUCAAAUGUCACAAAGAUCACAUGGAUAAAAAAGAAGAGAUUAUAGCACCUUGCAAAGUGUACUAUGAUAUUUCAACGGCAAAGAAUCUACUACUGUUAGCUAACUCUACGGAAGAACAGCAAAAAUGGGUGAGCCGACUGGUGAAAAAAAUACCCAAGAAGCCUCCAGCACCAGACCCCUUUGCUCGGUCUUCUCCCAGAACUUCCAUGAAGGUACAGCCAAACCAGUCCAUCAGACGACCAAGUCGACAGCUUCCUCCAAACAAACCAAGCUAACUGCUUUCCGUGAAUGCAGAAACAGUUCAAGGUGAUAAUUUUCUUCCUGUUACAGCAAGACUGAAACAUAUCCCAAAAUAUAUUAAAAAUAUAUAUUUUCCUGAGAGAUUGUGCUAUAUAUAUCAGAGGUUUACAUUUUUGCUGCAAUAUAAAUUACUAAUCUCUGAGGGUUUUCCUGUAUUCUCCUGAGUGACUGAUCAAAUAAGGAAUGGUUGGUAAAUAGUAAAAGGAUAUGUUAGGUAACCUUUUAAACUCUGUUCCACAAAAGCUUUCUUGGCAAGACACAUACACUACAUUUCAUAAAAGGAUCGAGAGGAAUGAAUAUUAAAACGGAAGAAACUGACUUUUCAGCUUUCGUAAAGAUGCCACCAGCAUGUCUGCAAGAAGAACAGGAGGAAGAUCCACCAUAGUGAUAUAGACUGCAUCUGUAAGAAGUGACCAUUAUACUGUGUAUAUAUAUUGUACUGUAAUACUGCAAGAGGGUUUUAAAAAUCUUUCCACUUUAUUUUUUUAUGCUUAUUAAUCAGAUACCGUUACUUAUUGCAGUUGCAACUAUGCACUUGUAUAAAGCCAUAAUGUUGAAGUUUAUAUCAUUCAUACACGUCUA